CCAAUUUCAGGUUUUCUGUCUGUUACAAGAAGAAUUAAGAGCUUUGGAUUAUCUCCCCUGUUGGGAAACCACAUUACAGUGUUAUUUACAGCACCUGUCAUUUGUUUACAUGAAUGUCAGUUUCUGAUCAACACAAACAUGAUUUUGUAAUUAAUGUUCUAUUUACUUAAAUAUCUAUUUAAAUUUUUUAAAUUGAAUCUCAAAUCUCAGAAUGUGUAAAGGAAACUUAAAGAAUUGUUUCACAAGUCUAUCCUUCCUUGUUUACAGCAGUCAUGCUCUUUCCUGUUGGGGAGACCGUAUGUGGUCGUUUUCUGUUGGACUCUUUCUGAUAGAGAUUGCUCCUGAAAAUCUAAGACUCACUGCUACCUAUGGCCUAUUGUCAGGGAUCAUGAUCUUUUUCAUGGGUGCUAUCAUUGGCAAUUGGGUUGACAAGACUGAACGGUUGAAAACUGUCAAAAUAUCAUUAUUCAUCCAGAACUCAAGUGUAAUAGCAUGUGCAAUCAUUGUAGCAGUCUAUUUAACUUGGAAAACCGAAAUUGUUGAUACUUGGAAUGGAUUUGGAGACAUUCUCUCCAAAAUUGCAAUAAUUGGUUUAGCUGUUAUUGCUAAUCUUGCUUCCUUGGCAGGCAACAUUUCUGUACGCAAUGACUGGAUUGUUGAAAUAAGUGAAAGAGACCCAACUAAACUUGCUUACAUGACUGCUGCCCUACGCCGUAUUGAUCUUGCAGUUAAACUCCUGUCACCUGUUCUUGCUGGUCAGUUAAUGACUUACAUUUCUAUUGUGGCUGGUUCCCUGUUUAUUGCUGUUUGGAAUUUUAUCUCAGUAUUUAUAGAGUAUUUUUUGCUACACAAAGUCUUCCAAGCAGUUCCAACUCUGGCUACAAAGAAAAAAAGCAUAACUGCCGGAGCAGAACAACAAGAAUCAAAUAAUGUGGAGGGAACCUCAAAUUCUAUCGAAGAAUCCACUGAAAGUCCACAGUUAGAAGCCAUGAAAGUGAGCUCAGAUGAUACUCCACCAAAACCUGAUGAAAGCUCCCCAAAAGCUUGUAGCAGAUUAGCCAAACAUCCUCUUUGCAUGUCUUUUUUCUCUGGAAUAUUUACCCUUUACAAUGGCUGGAGUGUAUAUCUAAAAUAUGAUGUGGCCCCUGCUGGAUUUGGACUUGCUCUCUUAUAUAUGACAGCCCUUGGUUUUGACAAUAUUACUGUUGGUUUUGCCUAUUCACAAGGUAUAACAGAAUCAAUUCUUGGAAUCCUUAUGGCUUGUGGAGCUCUAAUUGGGAUUAUGUCAACAUUUGUUUACCCAAGAAUCAGAAAUAGAAUUGGUUUGUCAAGAACUGGUCUCAUAAGUUUUUCACUGGAAAUUUUUUGCUUGACAUUUUGUUUAAUGUCAAUUAUUGCUCCGGGAAACCCUUAUAAAUUUAUCAAAUACCCUCAUUUAAUAGAAAAAACAGCUGCUUCACAAAAUAAUGCUUCGAUGGCCAUCUAUAACAUCACCAGCACUACCAGCAGUGAAUUUUCAGCUCAUUCGAAUAUAACAUCAACAACUGUUGCACCUGAAAAUGUUAAAAAACUGUCAUCAUAUAUUUCCAUUGGCUUAUUAAUGGGUGGAAUCAUCACUGCUCGAUUUGGUUUAUGGUCUGCAGAUUUGACAGUAACUCAGCUUUUUAUGGAAAAUGUAGAAGAAUCUGAACGUGGAGUUGUGAAUGGUGUUCAAAAUUCUUUGAAUAUGCUUAUGGAGAUAUUAAAAUUUUUAUUAGUUAUUUUUAUAUCAGAAACAUCUGACUUCUACAUUCUAAUCAUUAUCUCUUAUAUGUUCAUUUGCUUUGGUGGUAUAAGUUUUGCAAGAUACUCUUUGCGUGCCCGUGGACAUUUAUUUCAUUUUGAAAAAGUAUGUGCAUGCUCUAAACAGUAAUAGCAGCAAAAGUGGUUUAUUAUUAAUAUUACUAUCAUUAUUAUUAUUAUCAUCAUUAUUAAGGUGGCUGCUGAGGUCGACUUUGCCUUUCAUCCUUUUAGGGUUGAUAAAAUAAAUACCAGUUGAUCACUGGGGUUGAUGAAAUUGGCUUACUCCUUCCCACCAAACUCCUGGCCUUGUUCCAAAAUUUGAAACUAUUAUUAUUAUUAUUAUUAUUAUUAUUAUUAUUAUUAUUAUUAUUAUUAUUAUUGUUAUUAUUAAGGCGGUGAACUGGCAGAAUCGUUAGCUUACUAGGCAAAAUGCUUUGAGAUAUUUCAUGUCUAUAUGUUCUGAGUUCAAAUUCCACCAAGGUUGACUUUGCCUUUCAUCCUUUUGAGGUUGAUAAAAUAAAUGCUAGUUGAACACUGGGGGUCAAUGUAGUCAACUUAUCCCCUCCCUGCUGAAAUUUCAAGCCAUGUGCCUACAGUAGAAAGGAUUCUUAUUAAUACUUUUUGCCAAUUAUUCAGGUGGGAAGUGAACUUUAUCUUGUUAGGUGAGUUCAUCAUCAUCAUCAUUUAACAUCAGCUUUCCAUGGGUUGGACGAUUUGACUGGAGACUGGCGAAUCAGAUGGCUACACCAGGCUCCAAUCUGAUCUGGCAGAGCUUCUACAGCUGGAUGCCCUUCUUAACGCCAACCACUCCGAGAGUGUAGUGGGUGCUUUUUACGUGCCAAAAAAAAAGAAAAGCACCCACUACACUCUCGGAGUGGUUGGCAUUAGGAAGGGCAUCCAAUCUUAUAUUAUUUAAUAUUGAUAUCUCAUCUGCAUGUUUUUGUUUCAAACUUUGAUUAAAAUUGUAGCCAUAAUCACUGUUUUGGAGAAAUUAGCAUCAAAGAAAUAUUGCACAAUGAUUUAUUAGUAGUUGUGUAAUAUUUAUGAGACAUAAACUGGUGCAUUGCAGGGACUAAAACAGAUUGUGGUGAAUAUAAGGUAAACUUUAAGUAUUAUUUUAAUGGAAGAACUUAGCAGAGAUAAAACGAUAAGUAAUUAUUUCUACAAUUUGUACAACGUUUUAUAUCCUUGUAUGUUGGAUAUAUAAUAUAAUGAAGCAGGAGGGAAAGAAAGUGUUUACAUGAUGCAAUACGAUUACUAUUACAUGAGACUCAAUGCUUUAUAUCAAUGGCUCACAGUGAACUACUAGUUAACCCAAACUGCCAAUUGUUCACAGUUUUUAAUUUAUAACAAUGAGUCAAUCCACCUUUAGUCACUUGAGCAGGAAAUUGGAAUCCUUCCACAACACAAAGCCUGAAAUUUGGGUGGGAGGGAGCUAGUCAGUUACAUUGACCCAAGUGCUUUAAACUGGUACUUAUUUUAUCACCCACCACCACCACCACCACUGUCAAAAAAAAAAAUGAGAGUAAGUCAGCCCCAGCAGGAUUUCAACUCGGAACUUAAAGAUACAAAGGAAAUGCUCUUAAACGUUUUAUGUUUUCCCAGUGUGCUAACAAAUCUGCCAGCUUACCACUCUGAUAAAGUUAUAAAUAAUAGCACAUACAUAUUGGGCUAACCCCUACCUGCCAACUAUUUUCCAUGCAAGUGUUUUCUUAAAUCAAUUUUCUACAUGUUAUUUAAUGUGGCAAACUGGCAGAUUCGUUACCAUGCCAAGCAAAAUGCUUAGUGGCAUUUUGUCUAUCUUUAAGUUCUAUGUUCAAAUUCCACUGGGAUCGACUUUGCCUUUCAUCCUUCCAGGAUCAAUAAAUAAGUACCAGUUGAGCAAUGGGGUCAAUGUAAUCAACUUAUCCCCUCCCCUAAAAUUGCUGGCCUUGUGCCAAAAUUUGAAACCAAUAUUCUACAUGCUACUAUUUAUAGCUCUAUCCAUCAUUAAAAUGAUUUAUUUCAUAUUUCAAAGUUUUUAAAAAAAAUUUUUUUUUUUUUUAAUAAAAUAAUGGCUAUAUGUAUCAACGCCAUAUAAAUGUAAAUAAGUUGAUAAAUAGAGUGAUAAUAGUUUGUAAAUAGAUUGACAAAAUUUUUUGUAAAAGAUGGGAAAUACUAAAAUAUGUGUAGUGGUCUUCUCACUCUCUUUCCUCAGUUCAAAACUUCCCAAACUCAACUUUGGCAGUUAUGACUUUGGGUUCAAUAAUGUCAUAUAAUCAUUUGAUUCUCUCAUUCAUAUUCAUUACAGACAAAUUGUAGUCAUGUUCAAGUUUAAGGAAUCAUUGUUUAACAUACUUGUUUUCUUAUAUCAUCUAUCCAUCCAUCAGAAACCACAGUGCCUUGGUGCAGGGAUUCAAUUCUCUGCAAACUUAACCCUAAUUUUUGUUCAAUGUUCUCUUGAAAUUAUUUGACUUAAUGUCCUAAUACAUCAGGAAAAAAUACUGCAAUUCAUAAUUCUUUAGUUUCCGAUCCUUAUAAUAAUUGUGUUGUAUAAUGUCAUAACACUAUAUUUUUUAGGAAGGUUUUACCAAAAGAAUCUUUUUUGAUAUGUAGCCAGUACUUAUUUUAUGUAUACAACAGAGAACAAGUACAAAAUAGAUGCUAACAGCACCUAAACCCAUGACUUUUUCUAGAUGAAUAUGGUAUUUUCUGACACACAAGUUAAUGUAGUAUACAGUGUAAACAUGUGUAAGCAUUCAAAUACCUUUCCAAAAUCCUGCUGCAUUUCACAUGGAAUUUUUGGUCCCCCAAAGUCAUCUUGGUGUAGAAGUCAAACUUAUAUUCUUUGGCUGUAAAUUUUGGUUUGCAGAAUUUGACUUGUUUGCCAGAAAAUUUGGUAAAUACUUCAAUGCAUUUAGACAGGAACUUUACCCUUUUAUGUUACUAUCAGUAUAAUUUUUUACCUCUUGACAAAUUCCAUCCAAAACUUAAUCAAAACAAAAUGCCUUAAUCCUCAUCAACAAUCAUUAGUCAACUGAUUCAUACAUAACAUCACUGCAUUUAUCUAGUUUUCAUUACUAUUCAUUACUUUGAAUGGUUUUCUGUUGUAAAAUUAUAAUUCCUAGUUUCAGUUUCUAAAAUCAUCAUCAUCAUCAUCAUCGUCAUUUAACGUCUGCUUUCCAUGCUAGCAUGGGUUGGACGAUUUGACUGAGGACUGGUGAAACCAGAUGGCUACACCAGGCUCCAAUCUGAUUUGGCAGAGAUGAAACUAAAUUAACUCAGUGACAAACUAGUUUCUUCUUGUUUUUAUAUUUUGGUUUUUAAAUUCUAAUUGUACAUUAAUUUCUAUGUUUUCCAUAGUUUUUGAAUUAAAUUAAUAUAUUUUUCGUACUUCUCCA